GCAUUUCAUCCGUUCAUUCAUCAGUGUGAUCGAGAGCGAAAAGGAGAUUUUUUUUAGCUACAAUGAGAGCUAUCGCAAGUUUGACGGUACUCGGCCUCCUACUAGUCGCCCACGCGACAUCGGAGCCCACGGCAACAGAACCGCCGGUCACCACAUCACCACCACAGCCACCGACGACAUUGGCACCACCCAAGUGUCCACCAACGGGCCCAACUGCCCAUCUCCUGCCAAACCCGGCCGACUGUACCACUUACUACACCUGCGAUCGAGGCACUCCCAUACUGAUGCACUGCCCUUCAGGAUUGCACUUCAACGCCCAGGAAAAAGCUUGCGACUGGCCGACUCGAGCUUGUUGCGACCCAAGUCAGGAUCCCGAGAAAAAGUGCAGCAGCCAACCACUUUGAGGGUCUCCAGUACUUGUGUCCAUGUUUGUCAUGUAUACGUGCCGGUGGAUGUAUGGCAUAGGGAUCAAGUUCACGCGUAUCUGUAAAUGAUAGAGUUGCAUUCUGAUUUUUAGUUGUAUAAAAGUGGGUUGAUCUCUGUUUCUCAUUUUUGCCAUUGAUCACUUACCUAUGUAAUACUUCCACCAUGCGAACUUUUUUUUUACGUGUUUAAAAUCGUAUGAACGGAUCAUUGUCGUGAAAUUCCAAAAUGUCUCAAAAAUUUAGGAUAAUAUCCCGAUAGUGACGAUUAAAAGUCUUAUCUAGGUGAUUUUUCAUAUUUCCUAAUAUGAUCAAACAUUUUUAUUAUCAAUCAUUAAUAUCAUUUGACGAUAAAAUAUCAAUUUUGUUUCAAAAGGAAUACUCUGGACACCUUGAACCAUUUUAAAAAUAGAGUAUUUUACCGAUAUCAUGAUACAUUGGCAUUGUGGUGUGAUCAAAAUAAUUUUUAAAAGCCACUGCAUUGUCCAUUCAGGCUGGAAACCAUUUCAAAGUAAAUAAUUAAAUUAACGACACAAAAAUUCAUCGACAACUAUGAUUUUUAAUGUUACGCAUGUACAUAUAGUUAGCGAUUUUCUUGCAAAUUUCAGUGAUCAGUUAUCCAUUUGGAAUUAGAUAUCACGAUGAGAGACCGUCAUGUACGAGUAACGUGAAAGCACAUUUGCUAAAUACAUAUCCAUAGGUUAAAAAUGUUUUGAAACAAAGUACAAAUAAAAUUUUUAAUAAGUAAA